CCGUUUUCCGAAGUGCGACAACAUCGCCGACUACUUCGACGGUCUCAUGGCGAAGCGCGACCUGUUGUCCGAAACGCCGACGGAGUGGUCGACGGAUGUCGCGCGAAUCGGUAGGCUCAACGCGAGGGACAGGUUCGAUUCGGGUUUCUUCGGCGUUCACCGCGCUCAGGCGGAUGCGUCGGAUCCGGGCGGGCGGAUUCUGCUCGAGGCGACACUCGAGGCGAUCGUCGACGCCGGACUCAACCCGUCGGACUUGACCGGGACGAGGACCGGCGUGUUCACGGCGACGGCUCUUCAGGAGAGCGAAGGAUACUGGUUUUACAAGGGACUGGAGUCGCCGCACUUUGGAAUGACGGGUUGUUUGAGGAGCGCCAUGGCGCAGAGGAUCAGCCACUAUUUUCAGCUGGAGGGACCUUCGGUGGGCUUCGAGGUAGCUUGUUGUGGUACCGGUUACGCAUUGGAGCGAGGGCUUUCCUCCAUUUUGUCGGGGAGUUGCGAUCGCGCUAUUGUGGGGGGAGUGAACUUGGCGCUAUCGCCCAGAGUUCUGAAAAUGACUGCACGAUUGGGAAUCUUGGAUAGAUCCGGGGGCAACUACGUGCUCGGAGAGCAGGCUAGCGGCUAUGUCAAGUCGGAGGCAGUCGCCGUAGUCCUCCUCGAAAGGCUUAGAGAUUCCAAAAGGGUUUACGCACAGCUCUUACAUGUCAAAUGCAACUCAGAUGGUUUCAAAGAGGAUAGCAUAGUACACCCUUCGGAAGCAUCCCAACGGGAACUUAUGCAAAGCACCUACCAAGAGGCCCACGUCAACCCGCUCGAAGUUAAUUACGUAGAAUUACACUCAACUGGAACUAAAGCUGGGGAUCCCCAAGAACUCAAAGCUGUAGCAGACGCAUUUUGUGAAGGCCGAAGCUCUCCCUUAAUGAUCGGGAGCGUGAAAUCGAACAUUGGGCAUACCGAGUCAGUUUCCGGCCUCUCCUCCAUGAUAAAGGUCGUCAUGGGGAUGGUGGCCAACCGAAUGCCACCAAACGUCAUCCGUUCCCGGAUCAGGCGAGAUGUACCAGAUAUUAACAACGGGAAGCUUUCCGUAGUAACUAAACCGAUGGAUUUUGAGGGGGAGAAAUUUGCGGGAGUGAACAACUCAGGUUUCGGCGGAACCAACACGCACAUUUUACUCAAGCGGUUUGAUCGAGCAAAACCCCCAGGUUCUUUGGGAGACGAAUUGGUGUGCGUCUCUGCUAGAAACGAGGAGGGCAUGAAAAGAAUACUGAAGAGCAUCAGCAACCACAAUGAUCGGGGCUACUACAGCAUGUUGCGCAACGUCUUCAGGAGGAGCAUUGAUGGAUUCUGCUACCGAGGGUUUGCUGUCAUUAGUGAGGGGAAGGUUUUUACUUCAUACCGAAGGGCGCCGGAGGUAGUGAAACCUCGUUUAGGGCUCACUCUGGCUAACGGCACCGGUGCGGCCCUAUCCGAAAUUGCCGAAUUUCGGAAAAGCAUGGCGAGGUACCACGGAUUGCUAACCAAAUCCGGCGCCCAGACGACGCUCCUCAACUCGGUCGUCUCACAGCUCGCUUUCGUGGACGUGUUGAAGCUGCUGGAACUUCCCAUCGGAUACGUCAGUGCCGCGUCGAGCGGUGCCCUAGCUGGAGGUUAUGCCGAAGGCGCCAUUACAGCCGAGGAAGUCUUAUUCGUGGCAUGUCAGUUUUUGGAUGACGUUUCAGAACCUCGCCUCGGACGAGUAAUGGAGGCACUUGGAGGUAAGGAAGUGGUGUCCCGAUACCUCUUGGAAAAGAUGACGGAAACGGUGGCAACAGGACAAUUACUGUUGCAUGUGGACGACACCACGCAUGCGGUCGUUGAUGUGUCGUCCUUCUUGUUGGCGAUCGGACGCCUUUACGAAGCGGGCCUCGAUCCUAGAAUAGACAAGCUAUACCCAAACGAAUGGCCGGUGAGCUCACCCUCAAUAUCGCCAUUGAUCACGUGGAAUCACGAGGACAGCUUUCAUGUGAUAACCCCCGAAAGCAACGUGGCUCGGGAGAAGUUGGUUGACAUAAAUGGCUUGGACGCCGAGGAGGAUCUCAGUUUCCUGGUGGAUCACAUCUUGGAUGGUCGUAGCAUCGUGCCAACCUCGGCGUAUCUCCAUUUCGUACGGAAAGCGUUUGGCGAAUUGGAGCGGACUUUGAUUUGGCAAAGAGGCGUCGUAAUGAAGAAUAUUCACUUACAUCGCGUCGUGGUCAUCUCGAAGAGCUCGAGCGUGAAGCUCUCAGUGCAAAUUUUUAAAGUGACCAAGCGGUUUGAGAUAUCUCACGGUGGCCAGCUCGUGGUUAGUGGCACGAUUGAAUUCGACACUUCACCAGCCAUUGACUGCAGUACCGGCUUGACAAUCACAAAUCCUCUCUUCCUCAACUCCGUUUACAAGCACCUAGCUCUGUACGGGCAUGAAUACAGAAACGACUUUCGCGGAAUCGAACAGGUCAAUUUCGAAGGUACGGAAGCCCUAGUGAAGUGGGACGGCAACUUGGUGACCUUCCUCGAUCACGUGCUUUCUGUGAGGCAUGUGAGUGGGUGGGACCAAGGCGUUAUAACCGCAAUCGAUCACAUCACCAUAAACCCAACCAGCUGCCAGCCGAAGUGCAGCCAAUUUGUACGUGCACCUCUCGAAUGCACCCUGGUGAAGUCACCGCUCGCUGAAAUCAGAGGAGUCACUUGUUUGCCUAACUCCCAGAAGAUGGGCGCCCAGAAACCCACUUUGGAGACGUACAGGUUUGUUCCGUACCUGGGCCGACUCAGCUAUGACGACGCUAUCCGUGCCACGUUGAAAAUCGUGCUCGAUAACAAAGAACCGGGAUGUCUGAGGGUGGUCGAGAUUCUCGGCGAACGAUUCGACAUCACGCCCAUUCUGAACGAGUACCUGCUCCAACACACUAUCACGGGCAAAUCCGUUAAGGACAUCGCGAGCGACACGGGUCUCGUGGUCGUUUCGACCGCAAAUCUUAAUCUCUCCCAAAUUGUGGAAAAUAUGCAAGAAGGCGCCUUUCUCCUGGUGAAUUGCGGGACCGACGCGCUACCUCGCGUGGACAACGCUGAGGUCAUAUCAAUGCAAGCAACCGGCGACGUUGUGCUUUACCUUCUGCGGAAGAUCACCCGUUACCAACCACCGACGGUGAUUCGUCUCGAGGACGGCUUCGCGUGGAUAGCCCAGCUGCAAGCCGCCCUCGGCGGAAACGACAACAUCGCACUCGUAGUUCAAAACGACUCGUUCAGCGGUAUCCUCGGUCUCGUGCGAACCUUAAGGCUCGAGUACGAGGAUCGGUCGAUUUCGUACGUCUACAUCAUCGACGACGCCCCGAGUUUUCGGCCGGACGACGCUUUCUACAGCGGCCAACUGCGCAAGCGCCUACUUAUGAACGUUUGGAAGGACGGGGAGUGGGGCGGCUACCUGCACCUUCCGUUGGCUACGGAUGGAGGAGUGAAGUGCGAACACGCGGCCGGAGUGGUCGAGAUGGGGAACAUCGCCAGUUUUCGCUGGGUGCAAGCGCCGGCGGCUCCCGAUCGCUUACCCACGGCGAAGGUGAACUACGCGGGGAUGUGUCACAACGAUUUACUCGUUGCAAGUGGUAGGGUUCAUGGCGUUUCAAAAUCCAACGAAGUUGCGCUGGGAUGCGAGUUCUCCGGUAGGACCCCUAGUGGAGAACGAGUGAUGGGAUUGGUAAGGGAUGGUGCUCUGCGUGACGAGGUCGUUCUGGACCCACUGCUCACCUGGCAGGUGCCCGAGCACUGGAGCCUGGACGAAGCGGCUACGAUUCCACUAACCUACUGCGCCGCUCUUUACACGCUAAUUGUGGUGGGAAAACUCAGGAGGGGACAGAGCGUUAUAGUUCACGGAGGCGCCGGGGGAGUUGGCCAGUCUGCAAUCAACAUCGCCAUGGCUUACAAUUGCGCUAUCUUCACCACCGUCGGAACCGUAAAGAAGCGGAAAACCAUGCUCGAACUGUUCCCGAGUUUGCCAGCCGACCACAUCGGCGAGUCUCGCGACGAGAUUUUUGAGCAAUUAGUAAUCCGGAAAACUGGCGGAAGAGGCGUCGAUCUGAUACUGAACUCGUUAGCCAUGGGAGGAACGCGAGCGAGCUUCCGCUGCCUGGCCAAGGGAGGCACCAUGGUCGAAAUUGGCCGAAGCAACGCUCUUAAAAACGAACGUUUCGACCUCGGCUGCACUGCAAACGGGCGCACCGUGGUCGGGGUGGAUAUUGGCGCACUCAAACUGGAGGAUAAACAAGGACUGCAUAAUCUCCUGGCCGAAGGCAUUCGGGUAGGCUACGUCAAACCCAUCACUCGACUGGUCAUUGGUAGAACUGAGACGAAAAGUGGUCUCAGCCACCUGGAGCAGAGCUCGCACAUCGGUAAAGUGAUUGUCAAGGUCAAGGACGAAGAGAAACCGGAACCCUUCCGUGCAAUCCCCAGGUUCUACUGCGACCCCUCCAAAGUGUAUGUCAUAGUCGGCGGCCUCGGAGGUUUCGGUUUGGAGCUUGCCGAUUGGCUAGUCGCCCGAGGUGCGAGAGCCCUCGUGCUGGUCACGACUCGUCUAACACUGACCGAUUACCAAAGCUUCAAAGUGGGGGUUUGGAGGCGCGCAGGCGUGACGGUGGAAAUCGACCGUCAAGAUCUGCGAACGUUGGACGGAUGCGAGCGGUUGGUAACCGAAUUCAGUCACUUAGGGGAGAUUGACGGUAUCUUCAACGUGGCCGUCGUUUUGAAUGACGCCCUCUUUGAGAAUCAGACGGUCGAGAAGUUCCAGGCGUCGUUUGCGCCCAAAGCCCUCAUUACCAGGAACCUGGACGUCGUCUCCAGAAGGUCACUUGUAAAUUUGAGGUGGUUUGUGGUGUUCUCUUCGGUCAGUUGUGGCAAAGGUAAUGUUGGACAGAGCAAUUACGCUAUGGCAAAUGCGGUUAUGGAACGAGUCUGCGAGGUCCGACGGAGGGACGGCUACCCGGCGGUUGCGAUUCAGUGGGGCGCGGUUUUGAACGUUGGGUUACUGGAAGGUGACCCAAGAGGGCCUUUGACUCCCGUUGGUGGGACCACCCGACAAAAGGUCUCCGUGUACCUUCAGGCGUUGGACGCACUACUGAAGCAAGGCGACGCUGUUGUCACGUGCAGUGUGUUGCCUACUUUGGAAACCAAUGACCUUUCACCCAUCACAGAUAUCGUUUCAGAAGUUGCACUAGCUAUGGGCAUCUACUUCGAGCACGUAAGUUUGAAUACAACAUUCGCUGAAUUGGGAAUGGAUUCCAUCAGUGGAGUUCAGGUGCAACAGUUGCUCGAAGACAAACUCGGCAUCGUCAUAUCGAUUCCCAAGCUUAGAAAGGUAACGCUCUAUCAACUUACGGAGGGUACCUUGGGAAACUGAACAGCUGAACAAUGACCCAGAAAUGACAACAAAAUAAAAUCGCU